UAAAAAAAAAAAAAAGGGGGAUUCCCUGGUGAAGUGAGAGGCGGACCGGGGCGGCCAAGCAGGGCUCAGAGCAGGAUCAGGAUGCACGAGGACGUGCUGACCACCCUGAAGAUCCUCAUCAUCGGCGAGAGCGGAGUCGGCAAGUCCAGCCUGCUGUUGAGGUUCACAGAUGAUACUUUUGAUCCAGAGCUCGCAGCAACUAUAGGUGUCGACUUUAAGGUGAAAACAAUUUCAGUGGAUGGAAAUAAGGCUAAACUUGCAAUAUGGGAUACUGCUGGUCAAGAGAGGUUUAGAACUCUAACUCCAAGUUAUUACAGAGGUGCACAGGGUGUUAUUUUAGUUUAUGAUGUCACGAGAAGGGACACCUUUGUUAAACUGGAUAAUUGGUUAAAUGAAUUGGAAACAUACUGUACGAGAAAUGACAUAGUAAACAUGCUAGUUGGAAAUAAAAUUGAUAAGGAAAAUCGUGAAGUCAACAGAAAUGAAGGCCUGAAGUUUGCACGGAAGCAUUCUAUGUUAUUUAUAGAGGCAAGUGCAAAAACGUGUGAUGGUGUCCAGUGUGCCUUUGAGGAGCUUGUCAAAAAGAUCAUUCAGACACCCGGACUGUGGGAGAGCGAGACCCAGAACAAAGGAGUGAAACUGUCACACAGGGAAGAAGGCCACGGGGCAGACGCCUGCAGUGGUUACUGCUCUGUGCUGUCAACUCUGGGAAGUUCCAUCUCUUGCCUAGUUCACCAGAUAGUGGCAUGUCGCUCCCCCUCUUCGUGGAGGAACGACACAGGACCCUGCGCUGUUCUUUCGUCUGCUCGGCCCUCCCCGGGUUUGCUGCUGGUUCUUCCUGGGUUGGCUACUGUCCCUCCACCUCCGUGGAGGGGCGGUUCCCCCUGCCACAUUCCCCACUUCCGCGGGGGAGCGGCACACCGCCGGCCGGCUCUCUCGGGGGCUGCACAGGUGUUCCUUCAGAUGUUCCCCUUAGAUGUUCCUGGUGCAUGCCGUCUCUCUCCUCCUUUAUAGUCCUUCCACCAAUCCCAACUCUGCUACCCACACGCCGAGUACGCUGCUCUCCAAUCAGGAGCAGGUCCCACAGUUUAUUGGUUGAACUGGAGGCAGCUGAGUAGAAGCUGUUUCCCUUCUCAGCGCCAUAUUGUGGGAAAGCAGAUGCAUAGAAUAAGUCUUAAUUCCAGUAACUUAGUCUAGUCCGAGUUGCUCCCAGUUGCUCCCCACAGUGGCAUCGUUCUGCAUAAAUAUUCUUUAACUGCUAUUUGGGGGACCUUGCAGUUUGCACAUAAUUGUUUUGUAUCAUGGCAGUAAAUAAUUGCAAGACAUCCCACUCAUCGGCUUUCCCAGGUAGAAUGCUAUGGUAAGCAUGCACAGUUUGCAGUCUUCAGUUUUUUAUGUAA